GCGGGCGCCAUGGCCGCCUCCGCCCUCUUCAUCCUGGACCUCAAGGGGAAGCCUCUGAUCAGCCGCAACUACAAGGGGGAUGUGGGGCUGGGGGAGAUCGAGAACUUCAUGGGGGUCCUGCUGCAGCGGGAGGAGGAGGGGACCCUCACCCCCGUGCUGACCUACGGCCACGUGCACUUCCUGUGGAUCAAACACGCCAACCUGUACCUGGUGGCCACCACCAAGAAGAACGGGAACGCGUCCUUGGUGUUCUCCUUCCUCUACAAGGUGGUGGAGGUGUUCUCGGAGUAUUUCAAGGAGCUGGAGGAGGAAAGCAUCCGCGACAACUUCGUCAUCAUCUACGAGCUGCUGGACGAGCUGAUGGACUUCGGCUUCCCGCAGACCACGGACAGCAAAAUCCUGCAGGAGUACAUCACCCAGGAGGGGAACAAGCUGGACACGGGCAGGUCACGCGUGCCCACCACGGUGACCAACGCCGUGUCCUGGCGCUCCGAGGGCAUCCGCUACAAAAAGAACGAGGUGUUCAUCGACGUCAUCGAGUCCGUGAACCUGCUGGUCAGUGCCAACGGCAGCGUGGUGCUCAGCGAGGUCGUGGGCACCAUCAAGCUCAAAGUUUUCCUGUCGGGAAUGCCCGAGCUGCGCCUGGGCCUCAACGACCGUGUCCUGUUCGAGCUGACGGGCCGGGGCAAGAACAAGUCGGUGGAGCUGGAGGACGUGAAGUUCCAUCAGUGUGUCCGUCUGUCCCGCUUCGACAACGACCGCACCAUCUCCUUCAUCCCCCCCGACGGCGACUUCGAGCUCAUGUCCUACCGCCUGCACACCCAGGUGAAGCCGCUCAUCUGGAUCGAGUCCAUCAUCGAGAAAUUCUCCCACAGCCGGGUGGAGAUCAUGGUCAAGGCCAAGGGCCAGUUCAAGAAGCAAUCGGUGGCCAACGGGGUGGAGAUCGCCGUGCCCGUGCCCAGCGACGCCGACUCGCCCAAGUUCAAAACCACGGUGGGCUCGGCCCGGUACCUGCCGGAACGCAACGUGGUCAUCUGGAGCAUCAAAUCCUUCCCUGGGGGGAAGGAGCACCUGAUGCGCGCUCACUUCGGGCUGCCCAGCGUGGAGAAGGAGGAGGAGGAGGGACGGCCGCCCAUCGCCGUGCGCUUCGAGAUCCCCUAUUUCACCGUCUCGGGCAUCCAGGUGAGGUACAUGAAGAUCAUCGAGAAAAGCGGGUACCAGGCACUGCCCUGGGUGCGCUACAUCACCCAGAGCGGGGAUUAUCAGAUCCGCACCAGCUGAGGGGACCCCCAUGGACCCCCCCAUGGACCCCCCGACCCCCAUGGACCCCCCGUCCC